AUGGGAUUUUUGUCGCCAUUUAUCAUCAGAUGUAAAAUACUCAUGCAGGACUUAUGGGCAUUAGGACUCGAGUGGGACGAUGGGCUACCACCAGAAUUGGAAGAAAAAGCUAGGAGAUGGUUUACUGAGAUGCCAAAGUUAGCAGACGUUAAGGUGCCCAGAUGCCUUAGACUCGAUCAGACAGAAACGAUUACAGAGAUCCAAAUCCAUGCCUUUGGGGAUGCAUCACAGGAUGCGUAUGGAGCGGUGAUCUACAUGAGGACCGUGUACAGCAGUGGCAGAGUAGCAGUACGUCUGGUAGAAUCGAAAUCCAAUGUGGCACCACCAGUAUCAACCAGUAUUCCCCGCCUUGAGAUGAUGGCUGCCAUAAUCAAUUUACAGCUGACCCAGUCAAUUUUGCCAGUUCUUGGAGUCGCCAUGGGUCAGGUCACAUUUUGGUCCGACAGUCUAAACGUACUGUAUUGGAUUCGGAACAGGAGUCGCAGACUGAAGAUAUUUAUAGCUUACAGGGUUGGAGAGAUUCAAAGUAGCACAGAACCCAAGCAGUGGAGAUACGUACCAACCAGCCAGAAUCCAGCUGACCUGCCAUCGAGAGGGGUAGUCGCCGACAAACUAGUAGACAGUUCACUUUGGUGGAACGGUCCUGGAUUCUUAGAGCAGGAGCCAGAGAAUUGGCCGAAAAAUCGAGUGGAGAAAUCAGAGACUGCAGAUCAGGAAGUCAAGACAUCUGAACUUGGGUAUCUAACAGUAGGACAGGAUGGAGCCAAAAAUGCAGAUCCAAAACUUGAUCCAAGCAACUUCUCAAACUGGAUGAGAUUAGUCAGAGUUAACGCCUGGGUAAAUCGUUUUUUGGACAACUGUUCACUGGUACCACAUUGCAGAGUAAAAGGAGAGCUAAAACCAGAUGAGGUUCAACUAGCUGAGAAAGCACUGAUACGAGAUGCACAGAGAGAAGCUUUUGCUGAGGAAUACAGAGCGCAACAGCACAAAAGGGAGCUUCCGGAGACAAGCAAAAUCUUGAGCUUACAACCAAAAUUGUAUGAGGAUUGCCUCAUUCGCUGUGGAGGUCGUAUUGAAUAUGCAGAGAGACAUUGUCAUAUGGUGCAAGACAUCCCAUACUUUUGCCACGGAAGGGAGUUACCACAAAGUUGA